GAGCUGAUGAUCAAGACCGGCCAGGAGUUCGACAUGAAUCCCAAGACGUUCACUCUGGCUGGCAUAUUCAACAUGAAGCUCUACCGUUUCUCUGCACUUAUUAAUGAGAUUGUGAUGGCAGCAACCAAGGAGAUGAGCAUUGAAAAGGUCUGAGAAUAGAGUUCAUUCAGACAGCAACAGCAAAUUAUAUCUAUUUGGAUUUAGCUCAUUAGAAUCUUAUGAAUAUCAACCAGACGUAGUAAAAUUAAUUAAAAAUUUUUUAAAUUUUUUUUAUAAAAGUAUCGACUGGCUACAAUGCAACUGACAAAUUUUGCAACUGAAAUUUAUUUCCAAAUAGUACAGCUUUUAUAAAAUAUCUGAUGCCCCAACUAUCCCCCUCCAGCUCAUUUGACCUAUAGGGCAGCUGUUUUCAAUAUUUUACUACUAAAUCACACCAAAGACUAUUAUUUAAACUACUAUUACACACCAUUCAAGUAUUAAAAAAAAAUGUUGUCUGCUUCUGUGAUGAGUAGUGUGCAAGAAAAUUGUUCUUAUCUUCUUAUAAGAUUAGAUUGACUGUAUGGUAUGUUCCAUCUUAUCUUCAUAAUUAGAUUAGAUAGACUGUAUGGUAUGUUCCAUCUUAUCUUCAUAAUUAGAUUAGAUAGACUGUAUGGUAUGUUCCAUCUUAUCUUCACAUUAGAUUAGAUUGACUGUAUGGUAUGUUCCAUCUUAUCUUCAUAAUUAGAUUAGAAAGACUGUAUGGUUUGUUCCAUCUUAUCUUCAUAAUUAGAUUAGAAAGACUGUAUGGUAUGUUCCAUCUUAUCUUCAUAAUUAGAUUAGAAAGACUGUAUGGUAUGUUCCAUCUUAUCUUCAUAAUUAGAUUAGAAAGACUGUAUGGUAUGUUCCAUCUUAUCUUCACAUUAGGUUAGAUUGACUGUAUGGUAUGUUCCAUAUUAUCUUCAUAAUUAGAUUAGAAAGACUGUAUGGUAUGUUCCAUCUUAUCUUCAUAAUUAGAUUAGAAAGACUGUAUGGUAUGUUCCAUCUUAUCUUCAUAAUUAGAUUAGAAAGACUGUAUGGUUUGUUCCAUCUUAUCUUCAUAAUUAGAUUAGAAAGACUGUAUGGUAUGUUCCAUCUUACUUUGCAAGUAAAAUGUUUUUUCACUUUGAUUUUUUAAAUAAAAAUUUUGUUAUACCUAGGAACACCUUCUCAAUAGAUUUCUCCUCCUUGAUUUCACUAGUUUCUAUCUUAGUGAUAUCUUAAAAGUCUAGUAAUAACACAUUUAAUCUACCGAUGUGAGGCUUACAUUCUGUGCCCUUGAAUGAAGUCAAAAUGAAAACAAAAUUGCACUUUGUUUCCCAGGGUAUCAGUGAUGUGGAGGAGAUGUGGAAAAAAUCCAAGUUCAUUGUCUUGCCAUUCAUCAAAGGGAACAGAAAAUCGCACAUUCUGGGGCCGGUUGAUGAGAUCAUGCAAAACCUGGAUGACUCAGGG